CUCGCUGCAAGGCCAACUUGCCCCUGGCGCUGCGGAAUGAGCCCUCUCCAGCUGGCUCUGCUUUUCGUCUGCUUCUUCCUUUUCAACCAAGAGUUGGGCCUCCAGAAGAGAGGACGCUGCCUGGUGCUCGGCUACAUGGCCAAGGAAAAAUUUCGGAGAAUGAAUGAAGGCCAAGUGUACUCCUUCAGCCAACAGCCACAGGACCAGGCUGUGGUGUCAGGCCAGCCUGUGACACUGCUGUGCGCCAUUCCUGAGUAUGAAGGCUUCGUGCUGUGGAUCAAAGAUGGCCUGGCUCUGGGUGUGGGCAGGGACCUCUCAAGUUACCCACAGUAUCUAGUGGUGGGGAACCAUCUAUCCGGAGAGCACCACCUGAAGAUCCUUCGAGCAGAGCUGCAGGAUGACGCAGUGUACGAGUGCCAGGCCAUCCAGGCUGCCAUCCGCUCCCGCCCCGCGCGCCUCACUGUGCUGGUGCCACCCGAUGAUCCCAUCAUCCUAGGGGGGCCCGUGAUCAGCCUGCGGGCGGGAGACCCCCUCAACCUCACCUGCCAUGCCGACAACGCCAAGCCUGCCGCCUCCAUCAUCUGGCUAAAGAAGGGGGAGGUCAUCAACGGAGCCACCUACUCCAAGACCCUGCUCCGUGAGUGGCAAGCGGGGAGAGCAUCGUGGAGUACUCUCUUCAUCUCCCCUGGCGACGUGGAGAAUGGCCAGACCAUUGUGUGUCGAGCUACCAACAAGGCCAUUCCCGGAGGGGAAGGAGACAUCAGUCACUAUGACAGUCCACACCCCCCACUCGUGAACCUGUCAGUGGAGCCGCAGCCAGUGCUGGAGGACAAGUGUGGUCACGUUUCACUGGCUCGGCCAAGGCCAACCCCCGCCGUGACCCAGUACAGGUGGGCCAAGAGGGGCCAGCUUAUCAAGGAGGCUUCUGGGGAGGUAUACCGAACCACCGUGGACUACACAUAUUUCUCCGAACCCGUGUCCUGUGAGGUGACCAACGCCCUGGGCAGCACCAACAUCAGCCGGACCGUGGACGUCUACUUUGGGCCCCGCAUGUCCUCCGAGCCCCAGUCCCUGCUGGUGGACCUUGGCUCUGAUGCUGUCUUCAGCUGCUCCUGGAUUGGGAACCCAUCCCUCACCAUCGUCUGGAUGAAAAGGGGCUCCGGAGUGGUCCUGAGCAAUGAGAAGACACUGACCCUCAAAGCCGUGCGGCAGGAGGACGCCGGCAAGUACGUGUGCCGAGCCGUGGUGCCCAGGGUGGGCGCUGGGGAGCGAGAAGUGACCUUGACUGUCAACGGACCCCCCAUCAUCUCAAGCACCCAGACCCAACAUGCCCUCCACGGUGAGAAGGGUCAAAUCAAGUGCUUUAUCCGGAGCACGCCGCCCCCCGACCGAAUCGCCUGGUCCUGGAAGGAGAAUGUGCUGGAAUCAGGGACCUCGGGGCGAUACACGGUGGAGACGGUGGGCACAGAUGAGGGCGUCAUGUCCACGCUGACCAUCAGUAACAUCGUACGCGCUGACUUCCAGACCAUCUACAACUGCACGGCCUGGAAUAGCUUCGGCUCUGAUACCGAGAUCAUCCGGCUCAAGGAGCAAGGUUCGGAAAUGAAGUCGGGAGCCGGGCUGGAAGCAGAGUCCGUGCCCAUGGCCGUCAUCUCGGUGGUGGCCGUAGGAGCCGGCGUGGCCUUCCUGGUCCUCACGGCGACCAUCGUGGCCUUCUGCUGUGCCCGGUCCCAGAGAAAUCUUAAAGGGGUGGUGUCAGCCAAAAAUGACAUCCGCGUGGAAAUCGUGCACAAAGAACCCUCGAGUGGGCGGGAUGCAGAAGGUCACCCCAACAUCAAGCAGCUGAUGAUGGACAGGGGUGAAUUCCAGCAAGACUCAGUCCUGAAGCAGUUAGAAGUGCUCAAAGAAGAGGAGAAGGAGUUUCAGAACCUGAAGGACCCCACCAACGGCUACUACAGCGUGAACACCUUCAAGGAGCACCACUCGACGCCCACCAUCUCGCUGUCCAGUUGCCAGCCCGACCUUCGGCCCACCGGCAAGCAGCGGGUGCCUACGGGCAUGUCAUUCACCAACCUCUACAGCACGCUCAGCGGCCAGGCGCGCCUCUACGACUACGGGCAGCGCUUCGUGCUGGGCAUGGGCAGCUCGUCCAUCGAGCUGUGCGAACGAGAGUUCCAACGUGGCUCGCUCAGCGACAGCAGCUCCUUCCUGGACACACAGUGCGACAGCAGCGUCAGCAGCAGCGGCAAGCAGGACGGCUACGUGCAGUUUGACAAGGCCAGCAAGGCCUCCGCCUCGUCCUCACACCACUCACAGUCCUCGCAGAACUCCGACCCCAGCCGCCCUCUGCAGCGGCGGAUGCAGACUCACGUCUGAGGGCCCCCGGGGCAGGACAGGACAAGACAAGACAGGACGGCACCACACACGCGCCCCCAGUGCCUCUGCCGCCCCCCAUUCCUAAUCAAGCACAAGUCCUGGGCCCUGGUGCUGACACACGCGUGGACACACAGCCCGGUCGUUCCUGCCGAGUGGCAGGGCCUGGUGACACCUCGCUUGGCUUUAAGGAACAGUGUCUGUGUUGUGCAGGCCCUGACCCUAGUCCCCGUUAUCCAGGGGAGAAAGGGGGUGAAGCUGGAGCGUAACUGGGGAGAGCCCAAGCCCCUCACAAGCUCACAGCGCCCAAGCUCCACAGCCUGGACCAGCAGGCUGAGAAGUGACCUUGGCCAUUGACCUUGGAUGAGGCUCCUCUCCCCCAUGCCGGCGGGAGCCAGCCCCCCCCCCACCUCGUUUGGUGUCUUCUGUCCCCUCUGUGUCCAGACUGCAUAUGCGGCUGAACUCUAAGGCUGGGAGGGUGGUGAAGGGAGAGGAGGGAGUGGGCCCGGAGCCAGCACACCCCCCAGUCCCUGUGUCCUGUUGGCCCUGUCCCCACGGCACAGUCCAUUAAUAGGAGUGUCCGCUUCCUGCGGGUGGGUCGACUUCCUGCCUGCUCAGUGCUUGCUGGGGGGGGGAGGCUGCAGGGGACAAGAACCGGGUGUGAGGAUGAGACUCCGGAAAGGAGCUGCAGAGUGACCGUGUCUCAAUCCUGCAGAGGCCCUGGUGCUGGGCCCUGGAGGUCUCUCCAGGCCCUUCUUUCAGCUGCUUCGUGCCAGGGGCACCCCGAGACCAUGUGUGCCCCUAAGAGACUGAUGCCUCUAUGACCAGCCUGUCCAGACAGGAAGCGUGAUAUGGCUACAUGAUCUGGGUUUGGGUUAUGGUGCUGGUUGGCAGUACUAGCUGCAGGUUCCCUCUUCUAGAUCCUCUUCUC